AUGUUGCUUACUCUCUUCCUCUUGGGCUUCGGUGCUGCUGACGGUUUCCAGGGUUUGGUCUCACUGCCGGAUUCGUCCUCCCGUUCGUUCCUCUCUGGACUAAGCCUCCAGCAGCAAAAAUUUAUGGCAGAAGCAGUGCUCCUUGCUGUCACUAAGAUUGGUUCUGCUCUAGGGGAUGGACCCGCCAAUGCCCUUAUAAAUAAGCUGUCUGAAAAAGUUCAAGCUCUGAAGGAACUUCCAUGGAAAGUGGGUCAAAUAAAGAUGAAACUGAUAUUCAUGGGCAAAAUUAUACAGCAGAUUGGCACAGUCUACCUUACAGAUGAGCUUGUCAAGAGUUGGAUUGGGGAGGUCCGGAAGGUGGCCUACCGUGUUGAGGAUGUAGUAGACAAGUACUCAUACCAUCUUCUUCAACUAGAGGAAGAAGGGUUCCUGAAGAAGUAUUUCGUCAAGGGUACACACUAUGCCAUUGUUUUCAGUGACAUUGCUGAUGAGGUAGCUGCGAUAGAAGGGGAGAUCCAGCAAGUUAUUCAGAUGAAGGAGCAAUGGUUGCAGCCAUCCCAGCUUGUCCCUCACCCCGACCAACUCGCUGAGUUUGAAAGACAGCGUUCCCAAGAUAGCUUCCCAGAAUUUGUCAAAGAUGAAGAUCUAGUAGGAAUUGAAGAAAAUAGAAAAUUGCUGACUGUAUGGGUUUACUCAGAAGAGCUGGGAAGCACUGUGAUAACUGUUUCUGGUAUGGGUGGGCUGGGAAAAUCUACACUGGUUACAAAUAUUUAUGAACGUGAAAAAGUCAACUUCCCGGUACAUGCUUGGAUCGUUGUGUCACAGAUCUACACAGUCGAAUCUCUGCUGAGAAAGCUACUCUGGAAGAUUGGGCAUUUGGAACCACCAGUGCCAAGAGAGAUUGACAAAAUGGAUGUACAUGACUUGAAGGAAGAAAUAAAGAGAAAACUCCAAAAUAGAAAAUGCUUGAUUGUACUGGAUGAUGUUUGGGAGCAAGAAGUAUACUUCAAAAUACAUGAUGCUUUCCAGGCGCUCCAAGGAAGCCGCAUCAUCAUUACAACACGAAAGGACCAUGUUGGUGCUAUUGCUUCCUUUGACCACCAUCUUGAGCUCCAACCGUUGUGUGGGCCUGAUGCAUUUGAACUUUUCUGUAGAAGGGCUUUUCACAACAGGAAGGACCACAAAUGCCCCGAGGAGCUUCAGGAAAUUGCUGGUGAAAUAGUGAAAAGGUGUCAUGGCCUGCCGCUAGCAGUUGUUACAAUUGGCAGCUUGUUGUCAUCAAGACCACAAAUAAACAUUUGGAAUCAAACAUACAACCAGCUUCGGAGUGAGUUGUCAACCAACGAUCAUGUCCGAGCAAUCUUAAAUCUAAGCUACCAUGAUCUAUCUGGAGACCUCAGAAAUUGCUUCUUGUAUUGCAGCUUGUUUCCUGAAGACUACCCCAUGUCACGCGAAACCCUUGUGCGGCUUUGGGUUGCAGAAGGUUUUGUUCUGAGCAAAGAGAAGAAUACACCAGGGGAAGUGGCUGAGGGAAAUCUCAUGGAACUGAUCCACCGUAAUAUGCUUGAAGUUGUAGACUAUGAUGAGCUUGGCAGGGUUAGCACUUGCAAGAUGCAUGAUAUCAUGCGGGACCUGGCACUUUGUGUUGCCAAAGAAGAGAAGUUUGGUUCCGCAAACGAAUAUGGUGAACUGGUACAGGUGGACAAGAAUGUCCGUCGCUUGUCAUUAUGUGGGUGGAAUGUCAAUGCGGCACCUAAGGUUCAAUUUCCAUGUCUUCGAACUCUUGUUGCCCAGGGAAUAAUUUCAUUCUCCCCUGACAUGUUGUCCUCAAUUAUGUCUCAAUCAAGCUAUUUGACAGUUCUUGAGCUGCAAGAUUCUGAGAUCACUGAGGUGCCAGCAUUUAUAGGAAACCUCUUUAACCUUCGGUAUAUUGGGUUAAGGCGCACCAAAGUCAAGUCACUCCCAGAGUCCAUCGAGAAGCUCUUCAACCUCCACACUCUGGACAUUAAACAAACUCAAAUAGAAAAGCUGCCACGAGGGAUUAUUAAGGUCAAGAAACUAAGGCACCUUUUGGCUGACAGGUUUGCAGAUGAGAAGCAGUCAGAGUUCAGAUAUUUCAUUGGAGUGCAAGCACCUAAAGGUCUGCUGAACCUUGAAGAACUACAGACUCUUGAGACAGUGCAGGCGAGCAAAGACUUGGCUGAACAGCUGAAGAAACUGAUGCAACUCAGAAGCAUAUGGAUCGACAAUGUUAGUGCUGAAGAUUGCGCUAAUCUUUUUGCGACCAUUUCGACAAUGCCACUUCUUUCCAGCCUCCUAAUCUCUGCAAGUGAUGUGAAUGAGACACUUUGCCUCCAAGCCCUUGCACCGAAAUUUCCCAAGCUCCACAGACUAAUUGUAAGGGGGCGCUGGGCUGAUGAGACUCUGGAAUAUCCAAUAUUUCGCAACCAUGGGAAACAUCUAAAAUAUUUAGCGCUUAGCUGGUGUCAGCUUGGUGAAGAUCCAUUGGGGGUCCUUGCUCCACACGUGCCAAACCUCACUUAUUUGAGCUUUAACAGGGUGAAUAGUGCAAGCACUUUGGUUCUUUCUGCAGGGUGCUUUCCUCACCUGAAAACACUCGUCCUGAAGAAAAUGCCUGACGUCGAGCGGCUGGAGAUUGGACAUGGUGCUCUUCCAUGCAUCGAAGGUCUGUACAUCAUGUCCCUAGCGCAGCUGGAUAAGGUCCCUCAAGGCAUCGAAUCCCUUCUCUCCCUCAAGAAGCUUUGGCUUCUCUACCUGCACGGGGAGUUUAGACCACAGUGGCUAAUGAAUGGGAUGCACCAGAAGAUGCAGCAUGUUCCAGAGAUUCGCGUCUAG